UGCUUUCAGAAUGUAGAAAUUGUCUUGCGCAUGUUUUUAACAUUAAUGAUUACAAACUAUUCAACUGAGUGCUCUUUUUCUCAUUUAAAACGUAUAAAAAAUCCAUGCAGAUCAACUAUGAAACAAGAAAGGCUGGAAUCUUUGUCUCUGCUGAUGAUUGAGGCAGACUUGUUGCGCAAAAUAAAUUUUGAUGAUGUUGUCAAAAACUUUGCCAAACUUAAAACUAGAAAGAACUUCAAAAUGUAA